CACAAAUUUGGCAAAGUAUCACUAGUAUAGGCCUAAUGUGAAAUGUAGGGCCUGUAACCAAAGGUUCCAAGACAAAUGAGAAAGCUGCAGUUGCUGAGCAAGUAAAAAAGGUUGAAGAAGUCUUGUUUAUGGCUCAGGUUAUAGGUGAAACAACUAAGAAAUCUAAGUGGUUAAUUGACAGUGCCUAUUCAAAUCAUCUCAUUGGUGAUGAGAGCCAAUUUACCACACUUGACAGGAGUUAUAGGGCAAGGGUGGAGAUUGGGAAUGGAUCUUUCUUAAAGAUUGUUGGUGUUGGAACAGUUGCUGUAGAAACUAAGUUGGGUAGCAAGUAUAUUUCAAAUGUAUAUCUUGUUCUAGAGGCUAGUCAGAACUUGCUUAAUGUUGGUCAGUUAACUGAGAGCAAUUAUGUCUUAUUGUUCAAGGACAAGCACUGCAUAGUGUCUGACUCUAAUGGUGAUAUGGUAUUUACAGUUCAAAUGAGGAAUAAGUGCUAUCUUAUUGACUAGAAGAACAUUGAACAGAAGGCAUAUAUGAGUACUGUUGAUGAGUCAGAGCUGUGGCACAAGUGGUUAGGACAUGUUAACUACAACUCCUUGAGUUAUAUGGCAUCCCAAGAGUUGGUUGAGGGUUUGCUAGAAGUUACAAAGCAUGAACAGUUAUGUGAUACAUGUCAAGUAGGGAAGCAAAGCAAGACUGCAUUUUCAAAAGAGAUGAGGUGGAAGGCUAUUGACAAGUUGCAGCUUAUUCACUCUGAUUUGGGAGGACCUAUGAAAACGGAAUCACUUGGUGGCAGUAGGUACUACUUAUUGUUCAUAGAUGAUGUUACUACAUUCUGUUGGUUGUAUUUUUUAAAAUAUAAGUCUGAAGCUUUCAAGAGUUUUGUGAAGUUUAGAAAGUUAGUUGAGAAUUAGGCAAAUACUUCAAUUAAAAUCCGUAAAACUGAUAAUAGGAGGGAAUUUACUAUUGUUGAGUUUGAAGAGUAUUUGGUUCAGCUUGGUAUUAUUCAUCAACUUACUAUUACCUAUAGCCCUCAACAAAAUGGGGUAGCAGAAAGGAAGAACAAGACUCUCAUGGAAAUGGCUAGGUGUCUUUUUUUUCA